AGAGCGGUUUCAGUGAGCGAAGCCGGCCUACAAUCUUUCUGUCUAGAAAGCUAUGAUUGUUGAUAAGGCUGUCUCAUCUUAGGUGUGUCACGUCAAUUAGAAAAGACAACAAAAUAUGUUGUACAAUGGGUUAUCUCUUAGUGUUAUAUCUUAAAAUUAAUAUUUACAUGAAUAAAAUUAACUAAAUAAAUGUUAAGAAAAGGCAAAAUCUAGUACAAUGAGAAAUUUGCCUUAUCUAUGUCUUAUCAUUUUUGUGAAGAGAUCAUCUCUUAAUUAAAAGAAGGUUUUUGUUUUUUUUUCAUUUCUUUCUUUUCCACAUCACAUUUUAUCCUAUGUGGCAUCGCUAAGAGAAAACUGACGUCAUCCUAUUUUACACGCCCUAAGCCGUUUCUAGAUAAACUGAAUCAAAAGGAGCUGGACUACAGUCUUGUUGGUCUAGAAAAAGGUGAUAUGUUAUGUACACGUCGGUUUGAAGUAAACUUUACAUCUCGCCCGUCAAGAUAUACAUUAAUACUAAAAGAUAAAAAGAUAAUGUAUGUAUGAGCGAGAAACCCAGACCGGUUACUGCUUCCUUUCAAAUCCAAGACAAGAUAUGUAUCCAGCUCUUAAACUCCCACCGUUUUCCACAAGGAAACUCGGUAGUAGUACGUACGAGAUAAUUAGUCGUACAAAGGUCGAACUCCACAUACAGGGCCCGGCUAUAAAAGACGAUCCCCUGUUCGUCUCGCAAGUCUCCCCCGUACCACAAUCUCAGAGAACCCAAAGCUAGUCGAUCGUAGAUUAACAUCCAUGGAGAAGUCGUCGCUCCUGUUAGCCGGCGCCCUCCUGCUGCUGCCUCUGCUCGUCCUGCUCCGCAAUGCCGCCACCAAGCGAAGCCGGCGCCUCCCGCCAGGCCCGCCGGCCGUGCCGCUGUUCGGCAACCUGCUGUGGCUGCGCAACUCGGCGGCGGACGUGGAGCCGCUCCUCCUGGGCCUCUUCAAGCAGUACGGGCCCAUCGUGACGCUCCGGAUCGGGUCCCGCCUCAACAUCUUCGUGGCCGACCGGCACCUGGCCCACCAGGCCCUGAUCCGCGACGGCGUGGCCCUGUCCGACCGGCCCCGGGCCGCCACGAGCUCCCUCCUGGGCGUCACCGACAACAUCAUCACCCGCGCAAACUACGGUCCCGUGUGGCGCCUCCUGCGCCGCAACCUCGUGUCCGAGACGCUCAACCACGCGCGCGUCAAGCAGUUCGCGCCGGCGCGGGCCUGGGUGCGCCGCGUGCUACUGGAGAAGCUCCGGGAGGAGGAGAACCCCAACGUGAUGGAGGCGUUCCAGUACAGCAUGUUCUGCCUGCUGGUGCUCAUGUGCUUCGGCGAGCGGCUGGACGAGCCCGCGGUGCGCGCCAUCGAGGAAGCCGAGCGCGCCUGGCUCAUCUACAUCUCCAGGAAGCUCACCGUCUUCUUCUUCCUCCCGUGCGUCUCCAGGCACCUCUUCCGCGACCGCCUCCGGGUGGCGCACGAGCUGCGGAUGCGGCAGAGGAGCCUCUUCGUGCCCCUCAUCGAGGCGCGCCGGGAGUACAAGAGGCUGGGAAGGCAGGCGCCGGAGAAGGAGACCACGUUCCAGCACUCGUACGUGGACACGCUCCUCGACGUGACGCUGCCCGACGAGGGGAACCGGCCGCUGACAAACGACGAGAUCGUGGCGCUCUGCUCCGAGUUCCUCAACGCCGGCACCGACACCACGUCCACGGGGCUGCAGUGGAUCAUGGCCGAGCUCGUCAAGAACCCCGCCGUCCAGGAGAAGCUCCACGCCGAGAUCCAGGCCACCUGCCGAGGCGAAAACGAGGAAGAAGAAGAAGUGUCGGAGGAGAAGAUCGAGGGGAACAAGAUGCCGUACCUGAAGGCGGUGAUCCUGGAGGGCCUCCGGAAGCACCCGCCGGGGCACUUCGUGCUGCCGCACAAGGCGGCGCAGGACAUGGACGUGGGCGGCUACCUUGUCCCCAAGGGCGCCACGGUCAACUUCAUGGUGGCGGAGAUGGGCAGGGACGAGAAGGAGUGGGGGGAGACGGCCAUGGAGUUCGUGCCGGAGCGGUUCCUGGAGGAAGGCGGCAGCAAGCUGGCGGCGGUGGACGUGUACGGAACCAAGGGGAUCAAGAUGAUGCCGUUCGGCGUGGGCCGCAGGAUCUGCGCCGGGCUCAGCAUCGCCAUGCUGCACCUCGAGUACUUCGUCGCCAACAUGGUCAAGGAGUUUGAGUGGAAGGAGGUGCCCGGCCAGGAGGUGGACUUCGCCGAGAAGCGAGAGUUCACCACCGUCAUGGCCAAACCGCUGCGCCCGCGCCUCGUGCCAAGAAGGGACUGAAAUUCAGAAAUCGGUCCAGUCUCCAGUCUUUUUUUUUUUCGUUUAGUUAACGUCAGAUAUUUGCGUGUGAUUAGGUUAUCAUCGUAUUCCCUCGAAGCAUAAAGGAGUAGUCUUUAGUCUCGUAAAAAAAGCAAUGAUUUUGUUGAUACACAGUAGUUAGUAAGGAACAUUGUUGGAAUAUCAAAUAAUAAUAUUACAGGGCUCAGUUUUUUUUCCCAGUGUGUGUU